AUGUGGCACGUUUACGUCAGAUCGAGGGACGCUAAGCGAGCGGAUCGAGAGUUACGAUUAUGGCUACACCCGUCUACUCCUAAGAAAGAUUUCCCAUGGUGCGCGGUCACACAUUACAUUAGCGAUUGGAAGGCUGCUCAGAACGGGACAAUCAGCGUUAAGGCAGUGGGUCCGGUUAAGGAUGAGAAUCUCACUAUGAUCUCGAAGCAUAACGACUUCGUGGAACUGACACAGGCCAAAUAUUGUCCAGUUGAGAUUCCAGGGAUGCUGAAACAGGCAACUACUAAAGCCUUUGGUCCUCGCACUUGUUUGUCCAUUUUUCUUUCGAUCAAAGCCCGACCUGUUCAUGCGGAGAAGGUGGCAGCUGCGGAGGUGAACGUGGAUUCCGAUUCUGAUGACUCCUUGCUGGAGGACAUCUCCCAUAAGUUCACCAAAGUGACUGUCAAAGGGAAGACAAAGAUCAAGAAGCAAUCUCCAAAGUCUGCCGUGGCACCGACUCUGGAGCAUGAUGGUCCGGUUCUCACUCCUGCACAGCAGCGCCGUGCAAAGGAAGCGGAGAGGAAGAGAAAAAUGGACUUGGAGAACAACGUUCCUAGUCCCUUGUUCAUCAUGGUGUUACCAGGUGAGAUGGAAGGGACCUACUUGUUCAUCAGUAGGCUGAAAUAUGCUGCCUUGGCAACUAAUGUUCUGAAUGGACUGGUCCCAUUCUUUACGCAUCAUUUGGGGGAGUUGACGACUACUCAAGCUAAUAGGGUGAUUGCGAAGUGGCUGUCCAUGUCUCUGAUCCAUACGACACGCCGCAAGGAACUUGUGUGGUGCUUAGAGACUUUACGGGCUCGACCAUCAGACCAAACCCUACAAGGCAUUGACGAAGCGAUCGAUUUCCUUGAUGGAUUUGGGUCUGACCCACUUGACGUCGCCGAAGCUAAGCUGGAAUUUGAUAUGGAAAUGGCUGAUGCAAAAGAUAUUGAUGAUGGAGCUACAGUAGCAGGCGCCAUGGAUGAGUUACUGGAGAAGGAUAGCCAAUUGGAAGCGGCAAUCACUGAAAUUGAGUUUAAGGAGAAUCUUCUGGUUGAACAGAGUAGUGCUUUGGAAGCUGAACGAAUCCGGUCUGAGUCUCUGGCCAACAAACUUGCGGCUCUGCGCCUCCUGCAACAGACUAUUUCGAGCCAAGCGGCGCAGCCGGCUGUGCCUCACCAACCUGCAGCCACGGUUUCCUCUCCCCAGGACAGGCCAGAGCCAGCAGCUUCCGAUUCUGCCGCAAAGGAGCCAACCAGGGGUCGGUAA